AUGGCAUCAGAGAGUCAUCUACCAAUCAUUAACCCCUUAGAGGACAGCCCGGCAUCGGUUAUCCCGACAUUAGAGCCAGCAACUGCUGAAGAAAAUAGAAUAUUGCGUCUCCGCAUGUUGGAGAUGUGGGACGCUUGGUCUAACGGCAGAGAACCGCCCAGUGCAAUCCCUGGAUUUCCCGAACUGAUUCCCAAGACAAGUGGAACCUCCAACGUCCCUAUAACCAACCCGUUCACCCCGUUCGGAUACCCCACUAUAUCAAGUCAUCUCACCGGCACGCCUUCUGAGGUUCGCCCCCAGGCACUAUUUUCGGGAGUAUCUUCUACAAUGUUCACCGCACCACCAACCUCUACUACAGCACAGCCAACAGUGCCCAGGCCAGGUUUCGAGCCGUCAGCCUUUACAUUCCAAGUGCCACAAUUUCAACUGGACACGGCUCAUGUCACCCCAAACUCCUACCCUCAGCACCCUCGGUAUGAGUCUACCCUGGAACAACAGAGAACUGUGAAGAACCCCGAGCAAGAAGAGAUAACUCGGAAAAUGAACAGCAUCGAACAAAGUCUCAAGAACAUGCAAGGCUUGAGUAGCCAGAAGAGUGUUUCCUAUGCCGACCUGUGCAUGUUUCCUCAUGUUCAUCUGCCCGUCGGCUUUAAGAUGCCAAAAAUCGAAAAGUAUGACGGGCAUGGACACCCGAUUGCCCAUUUGAAAAAAUACUACAUCUCCCACUGGCGCAUAUGGGAUGACUUGGCCCGAGACUUUGUCAGACAGUUCCAGUAUAAUGUGGACCUAGCUCCAGACAGAAACUCUUUGUCCAAUCUCAAAAAGAAAUCUUCAGAAAGCUUCCGAGAAUACGCUAUCAAAUGGUGUGAACAAGUGGCCAGGGUAAAACCCCCAAUGGAUGAGGCCGAGAUGUUUGAAAACGGGUCUUAUCAUGAGCCAAUCAGCUAUAAGAGCCACUUCUCAAGCAAUCAGAGCGGGUCAGGGGGUGUGCUAAACCGGAAAAAGAAAGAAGAGGGAGCAAUGAUGGCUUUAAGUUUGAGAAAUCCUCAUCAAUCCCGAGGUUACUUUGGUUCCCCUUCCAGCACCUCGCAACAUUACUAUCCUCACCAAGAUGCGGCAUAUGCCAUGACUCCUCAUCCUUAUGCAUCUCUUCCCAAAGUUGGUCCAAACGGGCCUGUUACAGCCCGUACCUCCAAACAGGAAAGACCUAGAGUCACCGUCCUACCGGCCUGUACCAGAUGUGCUUAUCACUCAGUGGCGGAAGGGCACGACACUGAAGAUUGUUGGACUUUUAAGAGAGCGGUUGAAAAUCUGAUAGAACAGAAGCGGGUAGUUUUGAGGGAUGAAGAAGUCCCCAAUGUAACUAAUAACCCAUUGCCGACUCACAACAACGGGCUAGUCAUUGGGAUGAUCUGUGAGGACAAAGAAUUUGACCCAGCUUUGAAGGCUAUCAUUGCUAUCGCCGACGUAGAAAAGAAACCCAAAGCGGUAGCAAAGCAAGCCAAGAAUGAGAAAAAGAUCAAAUCCACUCCCCAAAGCACAGAAAAGGCUAUGGAAACCAUGAUAGGGGCAGCACCUCCUAAAAAUGCCGUUCUCUAUGUACCCAGGGCCCCCAGAAAGGAACAGUUCGUGUUAAGUCCUCCCAAAAGGUUUGAGCAAAACAAGGUUACGUUGAAGGUACCAAAGAUCCACGCACCACAGAAUCCCAUGAAAGACCCCACUGCCAUCCCUUGGAACUACAAUAAAGCAGUGGUGACGUACAAAGGAAAAGAAAUCAUGGGGGGAGUAAAUGAAACGUACCCGUCUGGGAAGUACCUCAACUUAGAAGAAUUGAACAAGACAAAGCAGAAGUGUUUUCCUCUUAAAAAGUCGGUCAGUGCUGAAGAAGCAGAGGAAUUCUUCCGAAAGAUGAAAACCUCAGACUACGUUGUAAUUGAUCAACUCAGGAAGUCCCCCUCUCAGGUCUCACUUUUGUCCCUGAUGAUAAGCUCGAAGCAUCAGAAAGUGCUGUUAAAGACGCUUAAUGAGGCAUAUGUUCCAGUCGAAACCACUGUUGAACAAUUGGAAAGAAUGGCGGAACAAUUUUUUGAAGUCAACCGGAUCUCAUUCAGUUGA